AUGGCGGACAAGUUGAUUGUCCUCGGUGACUUCAACGUCCGCGUCGGCAUUGACCAUGCAGCCUGGAGGGGAGUUCUGGGUCCCCAUGUUCUCCGCAGCUCCAAUGACAAUUGUCUGUUCUUUCUCCGCACCUGCGCAGAACACCGCGUCAUCCUGACGAACACCUUCCUCUGUCUACGGGAGCGAGAGAAGGUCACGUGGAUGCAUCAUCGAUCGCGUCAGUGGCACCUGCCGGACUAUGUCCUCGUCCGGAUGCGAGACUAG